CCGGCAGCCUCCCCAGUCCCGAGGUGGGAUCUAAAAGCUGGAGGCUCUCCCACAGUUCGACUCUCUGGCCCGGCGGAGAGGAGGACUCAGUCCGGGGCAGAGGCUCCUUCCGAAGAUGUGAAGAUAAACACCGCGUUGCAAGCGCCGCGACGUCCCACUGCAGCUCGUUUAUACACGUUUCACUAGUCCCUUUUAUUUUUCUUAUUUUUUUUCAGUAAAUGCACUUGGCAGCAGUGCAACACUCGCUUUUCUUUUUCUUAUUUCCCUUUUUUCUCAUUAAUUUUUUAAUUUUUAUUUUUUUAUUUUCGCAUUUGCGAGCGAGCGCUAUGGCAGGUCGCUCCACAUCCGGGCACCAGUGCCUUGACUCCAUUAUUGUCUCAAACUGGCGGAGCGGUUGAUAAACCUCGUUAAUUGUUUUUAUUUCAUAUAUUAUUAUUAUUAUUAUUAUUUUUUUACGAUUUAACGACUACGCACAGCGAAGCCUGGGGCACCGAGAGAGGAGGAGGAGAUGUCCAACCAAGGAGUUCGGCGGAACGGCCCGGUGAAGCUGCGACUAACAGUCCUCUGUGCCAAAAACCUGGUGAAGAAGGACUUCUUCCGCCUCCCUGACCCCUUCGCCAAGGUGGUUGUGGACGGUUCAGGGCAAUGCCACUCCACAGACACUGUGAGGAACACGCUUGACCCCAAGUGGAAUCAACACUACGACCUAUACAUUGGAAAGUCUGACUCCAUCACCAUCAGUGUGUGGAAUCACAAGAAGAUUCACAAGAAGCAAGGGGCUGGGUUCCUGGGCUGUGUCCGCCUUCUGUCCAAUGCUAUCAACCGCCUUAAAGACACCGGCUGUAAGUACCAGAGACUAGACUUGAACAAGCUGAGUCCCAAUGACAGCGACACAGUCCGUGGCCAGAUAGUGGUGAGCCUGCAGUCGAGGGACCGGAUAGGCACAGGAGGCCCUGUGGUGGACUGCAGUCGGCUGUUUGACAAUGAUCUUCCAGAUGGAUGGGAGGAGAGGAGGACGGCGUCUGGACGAAUCCAGUACUUGAACCACAUCACACGCACCACACAGUGGGAGAGGCCUACCAGGCCUGCAUCAGAGUACUCCAGCCCAGGCCGGCCACUCAGCUGCAUCGUGGACGAGAACACGCCCGUCAGUACAAACGGGGCCACACCCACCACAGCGCUGCCACCCAGUGACGGUGACCAGCGGGUCCAGGAGAGACGGGUCCGCUCGCAGAGGCAUCGCAACUAUAUGAGCAGGACCCACCUGCACACGCCACCGGAUCUGCCUGAGGGAUACGAGCAAAGAACCACGCAGCAAGGCCAAGUGUACUUCCUCCACACUCAGACAGGUGUCAGCACGUGGCACGACCCCCGUGUACCCAGAGAUCUGAGCAAUGUGAACUGUGAGGAGCUGGGUCCUCUCCCUCCAGGAUGGGAGAUACGCAACACUGCCACCGGGAGGGUUUACUUUGUCGACCACAACAACCGAACCACGCAGUUCACAGACCCACGCCUCUCUGCCAACCUGCAUCUAGUCCUAAAUCCAAGCCCUAAUGGUUCUCGAGGAGGCGUUGAAAGUCAGAAUGUCAGUCGUCAGAACCAGUUGAAGGAGCAGGCCCAGCAGGCUCUGGUGUCUCCCAGUCAACUCCCAGAGGAGUCCGAGUGCCUCACCGUCCCCAAGUACAAGAGAGACCUUGUUCAGAAGCUCAAGAUCCUCCGCCAGGAACUGUCCCAACAGCAGCCUCAGGCUGGCCACUGCCGCAUCGAGGUGUCCCGUGAGGAGAUCUUUGAGGAAUCGUAUCGACAGGUGAUGAAGAUGAGGCCGAAGGACUUGUGGAAGAGGCUGAUGGUGAAGUUUAGAGGAGAAGAAGGGCUCGACUAUGGAGGAGUGGCCAGGGAGUGGCUCUAUCUGCUGUCACAUGAGAUGCUGAAUCCGUACUACGGCCUGUUCCAGUACUCCCGCGAUGACAUCUACACGCUGCAGAUCAACCCCGACUCUGCUGUCAACCCUGAGCAUCUGUCAUACUUUCACUUUGUAGGCCGUAUCAUGGGAAUGGCUGUGUUCCAUGGUCACUACAUAGACGGCGGCUUUACUCUACCCUUCUAUAAACAGCUGUUGGGUAAACCCAUCACCCUGGACGACAUGGAGUCUGUUGACCCUGACCUGCACAACAGCCUCGUAUGGAUUCUGGACAAUGACAUCACAGGUGUGCUGGACCACACCUUCUGCGUAGAACACAAUGCCUAUGGAGAGAUCAUCCAGCAUGAGCUCAAGCCCAACGGUAAGAGCAUCCCUGUCAGCCAGGACACCAAGAAGGAGUAUGUCCGGCUCUACGUCAACUGGCGCUUCCUGCGAGGCAUAGAGGCCCAGUUCCUGGCUCUUCAGAAGGGCUUCAAUGAGGUCAUCCCCCAACACCUGCUCAAGGCUUUCGACGAGAAGGAGCUCGAGCUGAUUGUAUGUGGCCUCGGAAAAAUUGACAUAAACGACUGGAAGUCCAACACGCGGCUCAAACACUGCACCUCGGACAGCAACAGUGUGAAAUGGUUCUGGAAAGCUGUGGAGUCGUUCGACGAGGAGCGCAGAGCUCGGCUGCUGCAGUUUGUCACUGGCUCCUCUCGAGUUCCCCUGCAGGGCUUCAAGGCCCUCCAAGGUGCUGCCGGUCCACGGCUCUUUACCAUCCACCAGAUUGAUGCCAGCACCAACAACCUGCCCAAAGCCCACACCUGUUUCAACCGGAUUGACAUUCCUCCCUACGAGCACUACGACAAACUGUACGACAAGUUGCUCACUGCCAUCGAGGAGACGUGCGGCUUUGCUGUAGAGUGAGUCACGGAUGGAGGCAGAGCUCUGCAACAAGAAGCAACAUGGUUUGGCCACGAUGACCCCCUCCUCCAAAUCAAUCCACUCAGACGGGGGUCAUCCACGAUUGCUUCACCCAGGGACACACACACUUCCCAGGCACAUGUGGCCAAGCUAAUGGAGGAUGGGAAGAGAAGACCACAAAAUGACAUAUGACUGGCUUUUUAGACCCUCCAGCCCUCCUUUAUGUCUUUUUUUUAUCAUCGAAAAGGAUCUCUUCAGCUGCUAAUAACUAAGACUAUUUACUAACUUGUGGAACCUGCAAAGUUUGCUGGCUCUUACCUUUUUUUCUAAGCUCAUUUUAGCAUUUAAAAAAAUAGACUGUAUCUAUGUAGCAAUGCUCCAUUUUACCAAGGAGAACACAAGCUCAGUCCACUCUGGAAUAACACUAACAACACUGGUUUGUUUCCAGAGUACAGGGUUAUUAUUGGUUACCACAACCACUUGGAAAUUCUAAAUUUGGAUGUGGAGUGUGCAUGACUCGGGCUGUUAGGUGCCUCAAAGCGAUCACGCUGGGGCCAUCAGUAACGCCACGGCCGGAGAUAUAUUGGAUGUGUGCGGAUGAGAAGACGAGACACUGAAAUAGGCAGAGCCCGACUGUUUACAACCCUCGCCAAAGACGGCAGCAGGGACUUCUCCUCCCGAGUCGCUGCAUUCCCCGAAACCCUGUUUCACGCGUUUUGACAGCUAGUUAUGUUUAAAAAUGAAUAACUGAAUGAAUAGCUUGAAAUUUGUUAUUUUUAUAUAACAGGGAAAAUUGAAGAAGAAACAAUAAAAUUCUAUAUAAUAUAUAUAAUUUAUUGUUGUUAUAUUUCAGAAACCCCUUUUCAUUGUUUCAGAGAAAAACAAAUCUUUUAAAUGUUAAGUGUUACUGUUUAAUCAUAAGACAAUUUGUGAAAACAGAAUUAAGCUUGACUGAAUUUCACUAAAGAAUGCUGUGGUUUAUUUCUUGUCAUGACCUCUCGGGAGUGGAUGAGGAGAGGUAUGUUAUAAGGGCAAACAAAUCUUAAAAUCAAUGUCCUGUGAGUGCCAUAAACAUUUUGAAUGAAUGAACGAAUAUCGAGCGCACCCUUUAAAUUCUACUGAUUUCAUCCUUCAGCGACAUGUUGGUGUGUUGUUUCCCUUCAAUUACCCUUUUGGUAACCGUUAGUCAUUUUAUAUUAAUGUCACUCGCAUGAAAUCCACCUUUUUUAAUUUGUUAUGGUUUUCUGUUUAGAAGAGUCCAAGUCCACAGUCUAUUCUGUUGCCUCCAUGUUGUCGUUGGUAAAAAAAACAACUACCUUCGAGCCAUGUGGUGCUAAUUAGCAUUAACAUCAGUCUUAUUAUUCCAAACGUAUUGUUGACAUAGUACUGCUUCUUGUACUCAUGCCUGCUUGAGGCGACAAGAAAUUCCAGAGAAAUCAAGGCCUCUACCAGUCCCCAUUCUCAGGAGAUGUCAUAUGUAUUUUGUCCUUUGAUCGGAUGACCGACGGAAACCAAUUCUGACCAUUUAUCUUGAUUUGGUGAACAUUGAAGGGUUAAAAGGUGUCAUUUUUGUUUUGUCCACAGCAGACCAAUAACACACAGUAACUGUCGCAUGUCUGCAUAUGUGCUUUUGGUUGAAACUGAACACGUAUGAGAUGAACUCCUGUUUUAGCCUGCUAUACAGUCAAGUGAUUUGUUUUGUGAGAGAGAGAAAUGGCGGUGAUCGUUUUUCUAUGAUUAAGACGGAAAUUCUUGAAUGUUUUCAGAAGAUGCUGCCUGUCUAGCAAUCUCUAUGACCGUGGACUGUUCUUAACAAUUGCGUAAAAAAAAAAAAAAAAGAACUGUUGGUUUUCAUUCUUUUAUGUAGGAGUGUAUGCAAAGUGAAAAGUGUCCUCAGAUGGUGCUUUGUACAGUAAUAAGAUAUUGUUCAUAUGCUGUAUGUGGAUCAAAUGACCUGUAAUUUAUCUUUAACUUAAAUAGAAAAAGAUUUUUUUUUCCCGUCUUUACUGAAGAGGAAUUGCACACAAACCGAUUGAAGUCGCCAUGUGUAUUUAAUGGUGACGCCUGCACCAGAUAUCCAUUCACCUUUAAGUCCAGUGCACAAGCUUAUCGCCCUACUGUCUGUUCAUUACUCUACAAUUGCCCCCGCAGCUGCCUCUCACUAAAGAACCGAACUUUUUGUUAAGAGUCAAAGUGGAGAGAUGCCGCUCUUGUUUUAUUUUUGUUCAAUAAGCAUGAUCCACUUAGCAGGACUAUAUCUCUCAUAGCUGACUGAUGCAAUUUGAUGUAUGUUAACACUAUCAUUUUGUAAGAGUAUUUUAUUUUUGUGUGUCAUUAGUUCUUAUUAAACUUGCCUUUGUCUAACAAUGUUAA